AUGUCGGUCACCGCGGCUGAGAUGGAGAAGCACAACACCGAGACCGACUGCUGGUGCGCCGUCGGCGGCAAGGUCUACGACGUGACGAAGUUCAUGCCGGACCAUCCCGGCGGGAAGAAGGCCAUCAUGCUCUUCGCCGGCAAGGACGCCACGGAGGAGUUCGACAUGCUGCACGACCGCAAGGUCAUCAAGAAGUACGGCAUCGACCAGGGCACCGUCAAGGAGAUGGGCACGCUCGCGCCCUGCCCGGAGCGGCGCAGCCCGCCGCACGCGAGCGUUCCCGCCCCACUCGCGCCGGCCAUGUCGGUCACCGCGGCUGAGAUGGAGAAGCACAACACCGAGACCGACUGCUGGUGCGCCGUCGGCGGCAAGGUCUACGACGUGACGAAGUUCAUGCCGGACCAUCCCGGCGGGAAGAAGGCCAUCAUGCUCUUCGCCGGCAAGGACGCCACGGAGGAGUUCGACAUGCUGCACGACCGCAAGGUCAUCAAGAAGUACGGCAUCGACCAGGGCACCGUCAAGGAGAUGGGCACGCUCGCGGACUGACUGGUCGGCUCGUUUCGAGUAGGGGACCGACUACGUGACUUCCUGGGGUAUCUGAAGUCUGCAGCCGUUCCCCCGCUCGAUCGUUGGCAGCUGGCGUGCCGAGCGCCGGCAGUGGCCGCGCACAGGCCAAAGGGCGGCUGGGCGCCGAGGCGGGCGCUUCCGAGCCAGCGGCAGGCAGCCGCCCCAGCGGCACCGGCGCGGCGACACGGAUUUUUCAACAGGGUGGAGGCAGUGCCACGUAGGGACGGCCUCCUCCUCCCGCGCCUCUCCUGCUCCUGCUGCUGCUGCUGAGGCCGCGGCCCUCGGGUCAGCGCACAGCGCGACGGCCAGGAGCCGCUGGCAGGAGGCCGCGCGGGCGGAGCGGUGCCCGGCGCGGGGGAAC